GAUCGUCUCGACAAAUGCCUGACACAAUGAACUCCUCAUUGAGUGACAUUUUGUCCAGCUACGACGACGCGCAGGACUUUGAGAACUACAACCACCUCACCAGAAACACCAGCGCUGGAUCUGGACUAUCAGAGGUGGUGGACACGCCGAUCGCCUCCAAAGUAGUCCUCGGUAUCAUCUACACAUCCACCAUGAUAGUAUGUGGCGUGGGGAACCUACUUCUGCUCAUAGUCAUCGCCACUUACAAGAAGAUGCGGACAAUCACGAACGCUCUGAUAGCAAACCUGGCUCUGUCUGACUUCAUACUAGCAGUGGUGUGUAUCCCGUUCAUCAUGGACUACUACAUCGUCCGGCCGGACCGCACCUGGGCAUACGGGGACGCCUUCUGCGCCGUGGUCAACUACAUCCGCAUGGCCUCUCUCUACGUCUCCACUAACGCUCUGUUGGUCAUUGCUGUAGACAGAUACCUGGUGAUCAUGUCGCCACAGAUCCCGCGGAUGUCGCCCCGGGUGGUGGCCCUGACCAUUCUGGCCGUGUGGGUCAUCUCUAUGCUCCUGGCCGUGCCAGCUGCGCACUUCUCACAGGCCGUGCCGUAUGUCACACAGGGAGGUGCCUUCUGUGGGCAGGUCUGGAAAAUACAUCACGAGAAAAGCUACAAGGCGUACUACUUGUUCAUGCUGAUAUUCGAGUUCAUCAUCCCAGUGCUGAUUAUGUGCUUCUGCUACAUCCGCAUUGGGAUGCGAAUCUGGUUCCGGACCAUCCCCGGGCACCACACCCAGUCACAGCAGGCUAGCGUGCAGAACUCCAAAGAGAAGGUGAUCCGGCUGCUGAUCGUGAUUGUGGGCCUGUUCAUCCUGUGCUGGCUGCCGUACUACGUGUACGCCGUGAUCAGGGACUUCUUCCCGUACGUUCUGCAGCUCAACGCGCACAACACCACCAUCUACUUCAUCGUGGAGGCCAUCGGCAUCGCUAACAGCAUGAUCAACACGGUGGUGUACAUCGGUAUGAACCACAACGCCAGGAAGUUCAUGCGCAAGCUGCCCAAGACCUGCUACCAGGUGUACAAGAGAAGGCGAGGUCGGUCCGUGGAGCCGUGGAACGACGAUCUCCGGUUGGCGGGACCGGGUCUGCCGAACAACAGCAGCAGCAGCCGCCGGGGGCAGCCCAACAGCACGCCGCGGAUGGACUUCCGGCUGGCCGACCGCAGGAGGGUGGUCAGACCCACGCAGAUGGUCGCUACAAUCGCCUAGGCUUCGCUACAAUCGCCUAGGCUUCGCUACAAUCGCCUAGGCUUCGCUACAAUCGCCUAGAUGGUUGCUACAAUCGCCUGGGCUACACAGAAGGUCGCUACAAUCGCCUAGGCUUCAGAGAUGGCCGCUACAAUCAUCUAGAUGAUCGCUACAAUCAUCUAGAUGGUCGCUACAAUCGCCUAGGCUUCGCUACAAUCGCCUAGGCUACACAGAUGGUCGCUACAAUCAUCUAGAUGGUCGCUACAAUCGCCUAGGCUUCGCUACAAUCGCCUAGGCUACACAGAUGGUCGCUACAAUCAUAUCUAGAUGGUCGCUACAAUCGCCUAGGCUUCGCUACAAUCGCCUAGCCAACACAGAUGGUCGCUACAAUCAUCUAGAUGGUCGCUACAAUCGCCUAGGCUUCGCUACAAUCGCCUAGGCUACACAGAUGGCCGCUACAAUCAUCUAGAUGGUAGCGACAGUCGCCUAGGCUACACAGAGGGUCGUCAGAAUCGCAUAGGCUGCCAAGAUGGUCGCUUCGCUACAAUCGCCUAGGCUUCGCUACAAUUAUACUGCAGCAACAAACGCCUUGUCAUGGUGCCAUUCGGUUAAUAAUAUAAAUCACAUAGUCGCUGUGGAGUAUUUUUUAACAGCAGCAUCCAAAUGUGCCACAUGCAGCAAGCCCUGCUGGGCCAGUUGCUCAUGACCGUGCUCUCUGGUGCUAAACAGAUGUAAAAUGAUAACAUUCAGCAGAGCUGCUUUAAUGCUUAAAAGAGGGAAUAAAUCCGACGGCCUCCUAUAAAUUCUAUUUUCAUUGACAAUGAUCUUUAGGGAGAGCUAUACAGUGUUCACAAUGAU